CUGUCAAUUUAAAUUCCAAUUCUCCAGGUAGAAAUAAUUCGAUCGAUAUAGUUUAUCGAAAUUUUAAAAUAGUGAAUUAAAAUAUAUGCUGAAAUUGUAAAUAAGACAAGUAGUCUCUAAACCUAAAUAUUGUAAAGAUAUUUUUGUUUUCCAAAUAAAUAUUGUUAUUAUGAUCAUAAUUCUCUCUCUUUAACUUAGAGUUUUUAGUGAAACUUAAAAUGCCGAACCAUAGCAAAACAAUAGAACACGAGAAUGUUAACGGUAUAAAAUUAAGUCUUAAAAUUAAACGUCGUAGUAGUACACCCAACUCCCAAAAAUUUAUUGUGUCGUUUAAAAGUAAUCGGGAAAAAUCAGCAUGGCACUCUAAAUCCUUGUAUUUGUCUGUAAUAUUUAAUUUGUUAGCCUUGUGGUAUGUUCGCAUUAGUUUACAUGCGAUAUUAGUUAUAGUGAUUGUUUUGUCAUUUCUUAUUUUCUUCUGGAUAACACACAGCGUUCAGUCCGAGACUCUUCUAGUCAUUCCGACUGUUGGUAUCCAGAGCUCAGUUAAGUAUGUGUAUGGACAGGAAGAUUACUUUGUACCUUGGUCCAGUAUUGAUGAUGUUAUCAUAAAUGAAGUCAUACAGUUGAAUCGAGUACUUUAUUUCCUUACUUUGAUAGUUAAAAGUGGAAGUUCAUCAAAUGAUAUGGAUUCUACCAAAUUAAUACCACUUUUUAAGUACACAAAACCAAGACUCAUGAUGCUGGAAACAAUAUAUUCAGAGCUACAAGUUCUGUUGAUGGCAUCUCAAAACAAAGAACCUGAUUUAGGAUCUGGUGACAAACAGGACGUCGGUUGAACUGUUUAAAUUUUCACAUAUUUUUAAUAAUAAAAUGGCCUACACCUUUUAUAGAAAUCUAGGCAAUAUUAAAAGCAAUCAAGUUUUCCGCUUAUCAUAGUGGAAAUUUAUUACUAUAUAAACAUAUGUCUUUAUAGUUACUUCAUUCAUGAUGUUAUUAAAUACAUCAAACCUAAUAUUAAUCUUAUUAUUUAUGGACUAAUAACAUAUAAGGCAUGUUGUACAUUUAGUAUAAGCAUUUUAAGGGUGCAAUGUAGAAUAUGUUUUUUUAUUUAUUUACACUAUGGCUUCAUUCACGUUGCAAUUUCGGAAAAAUCUUUUUUCUUUAAAUUAUCCUUUAAUAGACAUGUAAAUAAUUGACAUUUAGAUGUGACAUUUAAUUUGGAAAUUAACCAUAGGAUUUUUGUAAAUUUUUUGUAAAUUUUCAUCAUUUUCCGUAAUUUUUUUUACUGAAAAUUAUAUUGCAAUGUUCGCGCUAAAAACGCUGUUUCUGUAAAUGCGCACGCCACAUAAUCUGCGUGAGGUCAGAGACAAGUAAUCAAUAAACACAAAGUAAAGCAAUGAACAAUGUUGACUUGCGUCUGACGUCACGCGAGGCGUAGUCAAUCACACGUUUGUGGCUGAAGAAAUUUAAAAAAUACUUUGAAUUUGUUCUGUUAAUUUUGCGAUGUUUAAAUAUUUUCAGAUAAAAUAGAGAUAUAUAUGUUUUUGUAUGUCAUUACCUAUUAGUAUUUUCGUUGUAUAUUUUGAAGUGUCGAAUAGCCUAUUAAGUAAGUAUAACUACCAUAGUCAAUAUGGACUGUAUUUGAAGAGUGUUUUCAAAGUUUCUUGUCUAUUAUGUGCUACUUUAUUUCCUUUGUUGCCUACAAAGAAUUUUUACAACAAAAUUAAUAAUGAAGCAGAAGAAAAAAAAAAUUUUUUAAUUGUAAAUAUUUCAUAAAUCCUACAUGAUGCUGUCAAGCAUUCCCAUACAUCUAUACUUCGUAAAAAAAAGUACUAACACAAAUAAUGAAAGGCAUGACAGACAUCUCGAGAAAUAUCAAAAUAUACAAAUUGGUAAGAUUUUCGCGAUUACAAAAUAAAAUAAAAACAUAUUUUUUGGAUUA